CCAAAGCUGUUAUACUUGAUCCUCCUCCGUCCCGCUUUCUCCUUCUCUGAGAAUUCCUCUUCCUUUUCCUCUUCCCAAGCAUCCAACAUCACGCCAAUUCUAACCCUAAUUCCACCUAUCCCGAAGAACAGCUAAACUCCAGUCUCAAGUACAGCACAGGAUAACAAUGUUUACAGUACAGAAAGCAAUCAGGAAUAUAAACACGGCCGUAGAUGCUACACGCCUCACCAGAUUUGCUCUCCAGCGACCAAAAUGUGUAGAGGUAGAAUUUGCUAAUGGUAGUAAAUAUAGUUUGUCAGCUGAAUUUUUGAGAGUAUACAGCCCAGCUGCUGAUGCCAAGAUUAGAUCAUUUGGGGGUGAAAAGGUGAUAUUUGGGAGACGCCAUGUGGGGAUCAUGUCCGCAGAACCUGUAGGAAACUAUGGGGUAAGGAUAAUAUUUGACGAUUUGCAUAAAACUGGUAUUUAUACCUGGGAUUAUUUCUAUCAUCUUGGAAGCAACAAGUUUUCCCUCAUGAGGAAUUAUAUCAAGACACUAAAGAAGCAUGGACUCAGCCGGGAUCCAAGCAGAAGAAAUUGAUUGGGAGUUAAAUACAUUUGUCUGGGUUGUUCAUUUCAAAUCAGAUUCAUUCUUCAAGUGCUGGAGAAGCAUGGUGACUAAAAGGAUGGGAGUCCGAUGUGAAUGAUUCCAUCGUCAUAAUGCAAAAGAAUGCGAGUGCACGGGAAUAGUAGUGUUGUUGACAUCAGUACAACUUCCUUGCUCAAGAAACUGGUUUUUGUCUUUUAAGAGCUUAUUGGUAAACAGAGAUGGUGCACUCACAUUGUUUGUGUGAGCUGGUUUUGAGAGGCCAAUUAUUCGUGGGUUAUAUGUAGAAAAUGUUUUCUUGCAUUGUUGAAUUAAAAAUACUCCAUUUCUAUC